AUGGCAAUGUCACAACAAGGAACAUUCACGGUUUAUCAAGCUCUGAAAAUGGACCGACACAUGGGUCCUAAAUUCGAGGUUCCGGCCGGUUCUCUCUCCGUCAUCUCUCUCCUCACCAUCGGCGUCUUUCUUCCCUUAUACGACAGAGUUCUAGUCCCGUUCCUCCGCCGUAUCACCGGCCAUAAAUCCGGUAUCACACUCCUCCAACGUAUCGGGACAGGGAUCGUUUUCGCGAUCCUUUCCAUGAUCGUUGCCGGCCUCGUGGAGAGAGUGAGACGCACACGCUCCAUCAAGGCCAGUGAUCCUACCGGUAUGACUCCCAUGUCCGUGGUUUGGCUCUCGCCACAGCUAAUUCUGAUGGGACUAUGUGAAGCAUUCAAUAUAAUAGGACAGAUAGAGUUCUUCAACAGUCAGUUUCCGGAUCACAUGAGAAGCAUAGCUAAUGCUCUCUUCUCUUUGUCCUUUGCCGGUUCGAGCUAUCUUAGCAGUUUUCUAGUCACGGUUGUUCAUAAAUUCUCCGGUGGUCAUGACCGCCCUGAUUGGCUAAACAAGGAUCUCAACGCGGGGAAAUUGGAUUACUUCUAUUAUCUGAUCGCGGUUUUGGGUGUGGUUAAUCUGGUUUAUUUUUGGUAUUGUGCUCGAGGAUACCGGUACAAGGUCGGCUUGGGAGAUUUCAAGGAGGAGAAGAGUUAUUCUGAUCUUGAGAUGAGUUCCAAAAGCAACAAAUGA